CUCUUACCCACGGUGCCUUCCUCCUGCAGCCAGGAAGUGAAAUUUGGAAGGUAACCUAAAAUGAGCCAUAAGAGCAAUGUCUUCCUUCUGCGCUGCUGGAAAUGCCGAAAGUGUGUAGCCAAUUCAGAGUGUCUGGUCAGAGAUGGAGAAUGUGGGCAUUGUCAGAAAGAUGUUGAUUCAUCCAUUUAUCAGGGGGCUUGUAAUAUAUGGCACGUGGAGGCAGAAGAAAGUCCAGACUGGAUAAAAAGAGAGAUUGAAAAGAUCAAUAUUUCAAAUCUAAGAACGGAUGAAGAGGAGGACAUCCCAGAGAAGGAAAGCUACACUUGUGCUGUGUGCUUAGAUGUGUAUUUCAACCCUUACAUGUGCUAUCCGUGCCGCCAUGUAUUUUGUGAGCCCUGUUUACGAAUGCUGGCGAGAGACAAUCCCUCAAAAACGCCAUGUCCACUUUGCAGGACAAUCAUCGCAAUUGUGCGCUUUCAGACAGACCUCAGCAAAUCUUCUGCUGCUCUCUUUCCAAAUGAAUAUCUGAAAAGGAGGCAGAGUUUCCAGAGAACAAGUAGUGCAAAGUGGCCAUUACCCAGCUGCAAUCGACUCUUCAGAGUGUUCGGAGAUCUCAGAAGGCACAUGGAUCGUAUAGGAAGACGGCAGUUUCCACAUGCUGGUUACAGAUUUGACUUUGAAGAUGAAAGCCAUGGAUGGAGAUUCAACCUCGACAUGAUUAUUAUAUAUUUUUACUCCAUGAAUUGGGUCAUUGGAUUUAUUGUAUUCUGUCUUCUCUGUUAUUACUUCUUUCUCUCAGUAUGACAAAAUUACUUUGUGAUCAUAAAUAUCACAACGGUUGU